CAAAAACUAAACAAUUUCAAAAAAUCAAAACGCUUACGAAUUUCCGUGCGUGGUGAAAUCAUAAAUCGUUUUUAACACAUCGACGAGGAGGAAGAAGGAGAAACCAAAUCAAUUCAGUGUGCAAAACGCCAGGGAAAAAAGAAACGGCGAACGAGCUCACCAAAGACAUUUGAAGUAAAGCAGAGAAAAAACAAUCUCUGAAAAGAAAGGAAUAAAUGCAUUUAUAUGGGAAUACAAGUGCAUUUUAAACUCCACCACGACGCGAUACACACACUUUGAGAUAUUCGCAUAUCCUUACACCAUUGCCACCACCACCAUCACCACGAAUAACAAGAAAAACCAAACAAACAAACCAAGUGCAUAAGACUUGUCUCAUUGUUUGCAAAAAGGCAGAAGCAUAACAAAAGCCCCAUACACCAGUCAGCUGCAGCAGGACACAAAAAGGUUUUCCACGUAGAGGCAGGAUAACAAAAACAACAAAAAAAACUAUGAGUAAAUCCACAGCACCACAAUACACCUACAUACCACCACCAACCGCACCGCCAUCCUAUCAGGAGGCCGUGGGUGGUGUUAAGCCUGUGGGUCCAUUUACGCCCGUCCUAUCCCCCGUGGUGAUGGCCAGAAACGAUGACAUUGUUACCACAGUAGUGCCCAUAGGACGUACCGCCACGCACAUGAUCUGCCCCUCGUGUCAUGCUGAAAUCGAGACAACUACACGCACCACGCCCAGCAUGAUGGCAUAUAUAUCCGGUUGUCUUCUGGCCUUAUGCGGAUGUUUUCUGGGCUGUUGUCUGGUACCCUGUUGCAUUGACGACUGCAUGGAAGUGCAUCACACUUGUCCCAAUUGCAAAUCCUACUUGGGCCGUAAUAGUCGCUAAACAAAGACUUCCGAGAAAGCACACUGCCUUUGGAUCGGCGAAGAAUAAACAGAAAAUAAAAAUUUCAAAUUCGAAACGACAAAUAAACAUACGAUUUUAAGUACAACUUAACGAAACUAACUUUUAAAGUUAAGCAGCUAACAAACAGCUCAAACUACUAAUGCCACGUUAAUUUAAGCUAAGCUACGAUGAUGAUGAGGAUGAUUUGAGAAGUUGUAAAUGAAAAACGUAACAAAAAAAUU